AUGCGGUCAACUACGCUCCUGCUGCUCGCAACGCUGUCGCACGCGCUCGUCGCGCCGCGGACGCGCGCCGUCGCCAGCGCCGCUCGCCGAUCGCCGGCGCCACUCUCCGAAGCGCCGCGCUCCGAGACGCGGCUCGCGGCGCUGCCCGACGAGGACGAGCUCUUCGGCGGCUACACGGCGAAGCAGCGGCUCCGCGAGGAGAUCGACUCGCCCUUCCGCAAGGUGCGCCUCCUCUUCUUCGGCGCGUCGACGGGCUCGGCCGGCCUCGCGUUCUACUUCUCGCUCCUCAACGCUUUUAAAGCGAACGCGGGCUUCCGCGACGCGCCGCCCCUGAGCGACGCGCUCCAGUCCUGCGGCAUCAACCUCGUCGCCAUCGUCGCCUGCGCCGCCGUCACCUACAACGACUGGCGCGCGGGCCAGGCGAAUUUGGAGCGCAUCGCGCAGGGCGGUCGGCUCGCGAAGCUCGUCGUGUCGCCCGCGGCCGCGCCGGAGAAGCGCGCGCCCCUGGCGGACUACCGCCGCACGAGCCGCGUCGUCAUCGCCUGCGGCGGCCGAGCCUACGUCGAGACGCUCGCGCGCCGGCUGUCCGCGGACCAGCGGCCCGACGCGAACACCUUACCGGAGGCCAUCGAGUCCGUGGACAUGGUCGUCGUGCCCGUGCUCCUCGAGGCGGGCGGCCUGCGCGUCGGCGACGCCGCGGCGGCCUGGCGCUCCACCGAGGCCGGCGAAAACGACCGCAACUUCGACGUCGCGCGGUCCGCGGGCGUCGUCGCGUUCCCCCGGGGGCCCGACGCGUGGGCCGACUACCUCGCGUCGGAGAUCGAGACGGCGUCGUCCCAGGGCUUCGACCCCGUCGCGAAGGGCCUCACGAUCAUCAUCAAGAAGAACGGCAGGGUGCUCCGGCGCGUCUCGGGCCUGCCGCCCUUCGACGGCCUCAUCGGCACCAUGGAGGUCGCCGACGGCUCCAAGUUCGGCAUGCCGGGCGACGACCAGCGCGCGUCGUCGGCCACGCCGCGGUCCUAA